UCUGGUUCACGCCCCUGAAGGCCGCUGUGCCGGGUUCAUCCUGGUUUCCUUCGGGAGAGCAGGGUCCCAUGGAUGUGGGCCACCAUGUCCCAGGCGCUGGCUUUACCCACUGCACCGACAAGAAUUGUUUUGAUAACUAACAUAGAAUGGAGAUAACCCAGACCAAGAGUGAAUGAAAACUUGAUUGCAAAAGGCAGACUGUUAGCUUUGGCUUUACUGCAGCUAAUAGCUGUGCAGUUGAUAUCCGGUGUGCCCCUAGAACGGUAUCAGGAUAGCAGUUUCUUUAGAUUCCUGAUAGCCUAAGGCUUGCUGCCGUCACCAAUGCUCAGGGACUACAAAUAAAGCCCACCAUAAAAGUAUCUGAAAAGGCAUUUCCAGACCGCACUUUUCUCUUACGGGGCAUUUUCCACACUGAGGCAAAUAUUGUAUGACACGUAAUGAGAACUUUGCAAGAAGCAGAGGACAGGGUGGCUCCCCCUGCCUUGUGGGCAGGUUUAUGGCCACUGACCUUGGGCACGGCUGGAAUUCUCAACAGGGUUUAAACGAUGGCAUGUCAUGGGAUUUUGAAUGUUAACCUGAAAAAAUGAAUCAUAAUAAUUGAAAUUUCAUACUGGGGGAUCGCUGAAUGGAGCAAAGAAGAAAUGUUUUAGUUAAAUGCUAAACUAGAUGUCAGAGAAAAUUACACAGAAAUUGACUAUGCACUUUUAAAAAGUUGAAUUCCAUGUUUUAAAAAUAAAAGUGGUGUUUCAUACCAUGCCCAAUGUGUUUUGCUGUCUGAAUUUGCUUCAUUACUUUUCCUCACAGAUCAUUAGUUGCCUUUAAGAACAUAAAUCACAUUCCCAAAUGAUCACUAUACAGAUUUUUUUUUUCAAAGCUGAUGACAAAACUGCAGAUCUGAAUUUGUUCACUAAUUCUGUGUUUGACAGUGCUGAGCUGCCACCACGCGUGGCGCGAUGGAGCAUCUGGGACAUGGGUAGGCAAGCAUUUUCUUUGAAGGGCUGGAUGAUGUUUGCUUUAACUGCUUAAUGCUGGAGCUGCAGAGAACAUGUAGCCAAGAAAAUGUCAGUUUACUAUUCAAGUUAUACUGCUUGACAGUGAUGACUCUGGUGGCUGCAGCUUACACGAUAGCUUUAAGGUAUACGAGGACAACAAAUACAGAACGCUACUUUUCAACCACAGCGGUGUGUAUCACAGAAGUUGUAAAGUUACUGCUAAGUGUGGGACUUUUAGCUAAAGAAACUGGUAGUCUGGGUAGAUUCAAGACAUCUUUAUGUGAAAAUGUUUUUGGGAGUCCCAAGGAACUGAUGAAGUUAAGUGUGCCGUCACUAGUGUAUGCUGUUCAGAACAACAUGGCUUUCCUAGCCCUUAGCAAUCUGGAUGCAGCAGUGUACCAGGUGACCUACCAAAUGAAGAUUCCCUGUACUGCGUUAUGUACUGUUUUAAUGUUAAAUAGGACACUCAGUAAAUUACAGUGGAUUUCAGUUUUUAUGCUGUGUGGUGGAGUCACACUUGUACAGUGGAAACCAGCCCAAGCUACAAAAGUUGUGGUGGAGCAGAAUCCAUUAUUAGGGUUUGGUGCCAUAGCUAUUGCUGUUUUGUGCUCAGGAUUUGCAGGAGUGUAUUUUGAAAAAGUUUUAAAGAGUUCAGACACUUCCCUUUGGGUGAGAAACAUUCAAAUGUAUCUGUCAGGGAUUGCUGUGACAUUAGUUGGUGUCUACUUGUCAGAUGGAGCUGAAAUUAAAGAAAAAGGAUUUUUCUAUGGUUACACACAUUAUGUCUGGUUUGUUAUCUUUCUGGCAAGUGUUGGAGGCCUUUACACCUCGGUGGUGGUCAAGUACACCGACAACAUCAUGAAAGGCUUUUCUGCUGCAGCUGCCAUUGUGCUUUCCACCAUUGCUUCAGUGGUACUGUUUGGAUUACAGAUAACACUUACCUUCUCUUUGGGUGCCCUUCUUGUAUGUGUUUCCAUCUAUAUCUAUGGACUACCCAGACAAGACACUACAUCCAUCCAACAAGGAGAAACAGCUUCGAAAGAAAAAAUCAUUGGUGUGUGAUUGGAGCCUGAAAAGAAAUGACUGUACCAUUUGCAUUAUACUAGAGCCUUAAGUCAAUCCUAGAAGGUAGCUUAAAGAUACAAACAGCAACAACAAAUCAACCACACAAGAAUCAAGAAAGAAGCUAUCUCAGUGAAUUGCUAAUGGAGAGAUUUAAUCUGGGCCUGUUUGCAUCAAAUUUUUAAAAUGAAGGAGUUUUAUUAUUGUAUAUAUAUAUAUAUAAUGUACAUAAAAAGUAUAGAGAUGACAUGGUAUUAAAAAAAAAAUCAUGUGAGGCUACAUUCAAAUCUCUGGGUUUGGGAUGGAGUUUAAGGGUUAAAGUGCCAAAGCCAUUUCUGUACUGUUCGGUUUUUCGGGUACUUGGGGAGCAGGACACUUGAGUUCUCCAAAAUUCACACACAGUAUUUUGUUCCUGCAGCAGUAUAAUCUUAACUCCCUUCUUGGAAUAGAGAGGCAGAGGCAAGACAGGCUGAUUCAGAAACAAACAACGUGUGCUCCUCCAGGAGAAUCUAUUUCCUGGCCCAGACAAUGAUCUCCAAUGGUGAGCGAGUACUCCUGUAGUCCUGUAUUUGUGCCAUGCAUUGUCUGGUUCCUAUUUCUUUGCUGUUAGAAGAUACACUUUUUUUCAAAAGAAUUUUUAAUGUCACUUUUGUAUUUUUUUUUAAUAAAGUAUAGUUAACUGUUGGGCUCUCAGAUAAUUUGUCUAAUUUCAGUGUUUUUAAAAAUAUUUCUAUGAUGUCAAUGGGAAAUUCAGCAAUAAAAUUAAUUUAUUUGUA